CAUCGGGAAGUGCGGCAUGCGGUAGGCGCGACCAUGAUAAAAUGCUGAUAUAGUCUCUUUUUUAACCAUGGAAGAUUUUUUCACAAAUAAUUCCGUUUGUGUUUCGGUUGAAGCACCUGCAGAAAAUCUAGUUCAAGAAAUCGCUUACGAUGGACAGGAAGUAUUUCAAUUGCCGCUAACCUUAUCAGAAAACUUGACAAAACAAGCAAAUAAAAUAGACUGGAUUAGAAGAGAAGAUGAUGAUAAUGAUGAUGAUGCACAUUCUGCAACUGUCACAACAGAAAAAGAAGUAGAAGAGGAAUCAAAAAAAGCUGAUUUCCAAACUUCUAGCUGGCCGUGGGACUCAGUACGGAAUAAGUUACGUUCAGCUUUAACUGAAGUAUGUGUUCUUGCUGAUGUUUUAGUGAUAGCCAAGGAUAAACGUUACAUGGUACUUGACCCUGUUCAACAAGAACAACCUGAUCAACGGCAAUUGGCUCAAUUGUUUUCCAAAAAAAGGGGCUUGACGGCAGCUGCAAACAUUUUGUUGCAUGGUGCUGAACGUCUGAAAAUAUCUCAGUCAGAUACCGCCCGUGCUAAGAGCAAUCAAGAUUUUCAUCUAGAGUUGUUGAGGCUCAGGCAAAGUUGGACAUUAAAGAAAAUUGGCAAUUCAAUCCUUGGAGAUCUUAGUUACAAAUCAGCUGGCUCUCGAUUUUAUCAAACUGGUAUUUUCGAAGUAACAAAGUCUGAAGAUCCUGACCUAGGAUUAUCAGUAGAAACCACUAGUGAAAAUCAACCCAAGCAAUCUAUGAUUAAGGUUACCAUUCCCCCUGAGCUUGGUGGAACAUCUUACAUUCAAGUUACAAUCCAAAAAGAUCAAGAUAUUUUGUGUACAACCAACCUAAAUUUACUUCAUACUUCGUUAAUUCACUCGGAUCCUUCGCGUGAUGCCAAUCCUUGGACAAGCAAACUGGAAACUGCACAAAAUGUUUUGUUCUGUAAAGAGCUGUUCUCGCAGUUGGCACGAGAAGCUGUUCAGCUACAGGCUGCUAUUCCUCACAUGGUUGUUGGCAAUCAAAUAACUGCAUCGUUAUUCCCUGGCAUUCAGUUGUCAAUUCAUUUCCAAUCAUCCUACAGUGCUGGAGUUGACAAACGCCAACUAGCCAGUAAUUCGACAUCUCUGGUUGCUAAAGUCGAUCAUAAUUAUAUACUUGAACAUUCGCUGCAUCAGCUGCUGCGACAAGUGCAUCUAAAUAAUGUUGGCCAACCGGUACCCCACCCUUCAUCAGCUCCCCUUGGACCUACCAAACGAAGACGGCUUGCUGGGCCCCAUGCCUACGAUAGAGAUGAACUUCUUUUGAUGACAAAAAAUGAAAGCAUACUGGAGCAAAUUAUAAGACAAGGCCAACAUGUCGUACUUCGCUUGAGAACAAUGUUUGUGAUUGAUUCUAUCGCCCGCGAGAUUCGGGAUCCCCUCAUCAUAUCUCACUGGAACGUUUUAAACUCUCCAACACUUUCAUGUGUGAAAAUAAUAAUCAUGACGCAUGGCUAUGAUACACUACAACGGACAGCGUUAGUGGUGCACGUUGGAGAAAAGACGCUCAAAUGCAUCUGUCGAGAUGGCCGUGUCCUGCAAAUGUCUUACGAACCACAAGAGCUGCGAGACCUAAUUCUGUGCCAGAUUUCACAGCAUCAGAUUAACGCAGUCCAGUCUUUAGCGCGAUUCCUUGGCUGGCACGUGGCCAGUAGUUCGACACAUUUGGGAUUGGGGCCAGUCGAACCACUGGGUAAUGCUUCGUCUUGCAUUCUAUCGUCCCCAUCAGCCAAUAGAAUUUUAAGUGUUCGUUGCGGCCCUCAAGCACCUCAACCCCAAGUUUACCUGUCGACAUAUCCACGUCAGGAGACUGAAAAGAACAAAAUGUUGAAAGAUAUUCGUUGGGAACAGCUGAAUACUCGCUACGAAGAAGUUCGACUAGAGAAAAUAGAAGGACGGAAUUUUCUUAGUCGAAUGGAACUUUUAAUGGCCUCUCUUACCUGCCGUCUGCCUAUGAAUUGGGAGUAAAAUUGUUCAACAAUUGUCUUUGAAAAACCGCUGAAGUUUGCAUUCUUUUUCAGUUGUAGGUAACGUUUCUUGUGUUGAGAAUAACAUUGAUAUUCGUGGAAUCA